AUGAAAAAAUACAAAAACCCGGCUCCUGGCCUGUUGAAACCGACGCUGGAGCAGGAGUCCUCACACGCGUGUGGCUGUCGGAUGGGCGGCUGCGAGCUGCGCGGCUGUGUGAGGAGGGGGGAGCUCAGCAAGGUGAAGGACCAGCUCAAGAACGGGGCUGACUAUGCCGCGGCGGGUGAUACGAUGCGGGGGUGGACGCCGCUGCACAUUGCGUGCUGGGGCAGCUUAAAGCCGCAGCCAGCAAAUUGGGCCGCGAAACUGCAGGCGGACAAGGAGAUGGUGGAGAUCAUCCUGAUGCAAGCCAAGAAGGACGGCAAGACGUCAGAGGUGACUGCCGCCAAGGAUAGGCUGGACGGCAAGACGCCCGUCGAUCUCGCCAAGGAGAGGCUAGCGGAAGGCAAGCUCGAUCAGAUCGUCGCGCUCUUUGGGAGGACGAAGCUCAGAGGCGUCGUGGCGGGGCCCUCGCGCCCUCGGAAGGUGUCCUUCCAGCGCGUGCACGCUUCUGACGCAAUGCGCGUCACAAACUGCCUCGGAUUGGCUGCUGGCACUCUCGAGGCUAUGCCUACACAGCCUCGUGCUAAUGGGCAGUCAAGAGGGACCAUGCACCUUCUCAGGACAGCUCGCCGGGUCGCAGGGUCGGAUCGUGUCAAGCCUCUCGCCCGGCCGGCCGCGUGCAGACGCGUCGGCCUGUCUGCUGUCUGGAGUGAUCUGUCGGCGGACAACAUGCUAGCCCAGCAGGCCGCUCCCACCGCCGCCCGCGGCGGAGGCAAGGCGGCAAAGGGUGGCAAGGGCGGCGGCAAGGGCGCUGGCAAGGGUGGUGGCCGUGUGGCGCACCAGACCCGCUUUGCGCCGCCGCCCUCAACGCCCGAUACUCGGUUGAGCCGGCAGAGCGACGGCGGCAGAGUUGCGGCCGCCGGCGACCUCACACGGCGUCGAGCGCCGUAG